AUGGCCUCGAACGAGCGCCGCCCGCCUCAGCCCAGCGUUUCCAGUUUUCAUGGCAGUGAUGACGGAGACCCACGGCAACUUCAUCAAACUUGGAGCAGUGUCGGGUCUGAAAAUGGUCGGUAUCCUCCGAGGUCGACCGAAGGCUCUACCGUCUCGCAGCAGAGCACCCACAGUGUCGAGCCAUCAAGAUAUCAUCAAGCCCACCAGCCGAUAAAUGAAGCAGUCACUUCAGCCUUCAACACCACAGAAGCCACCUCCACUGCUUCAUUACCCCCGGACCUGCUACAACAACUCACUUCACAGAUCACGGCGAACGUUCUGCAACAAUUAAAAGUAUCAAGUUUGCCCCUACCAACGCAGCAGCCUUCGAUGUCAGGCUCUCAUAUGGACACCUCUUCAUCUGCUGCAGGUUCUCCACCCUUGGAUCGGGCUACAGUAUACACUCCUCCCAGCCCUCAUCGGAAUUCCGAAGACGUCGGUGCUAGUCAGCCCUCGCCUCAAUUUCCGCCGCCAUCAAGCCAGCCAUCAUAUCGGGUCUCGUCACCUAACAAUGACAGGAGGCCGGUAUCGCCUCUGAGCCAGCCAGGCCAUGCGUCUGAAUCCGAAAUGAACCAGAGCCGACCCAAGGGCCCCAAAAGAAUGUCUACAACAGGAGAUGCCACCAUACUGGAACGAGUGUGGGGCCAGCUGUUCACAGAACAAGGCCGAGCCACGCCUCGGUUGGGCCAAUUCCUUCGCGGCAUUGCUGUUCACCUUAUCGAAGAUUAUGAGCCAAAGUACAGCCUAGUUAUUACUCCUGCCAAAAUGCAGAAGUACUACGAAGACACAAAGCUACCGAACGAGAUCUAUCCUUGGAAAGUCAUCUUCGACGACCGCACGUCUUCGGUGUCUCGAAUGUUCAGAGAACUGGAGUGCCAACAUCAUCUUGUACAAGAGAAGCUGAGUGAGCGACCGGAUCUUCCCGGUCUCACACCUCAGGGUUUCGAGACUUGGGUAACGCUGUUAUUGAGAGCACAUCCCGACCAGGAGUACGAACGUCUCGCGAAGACAGCGUUGGAUAUGCCCAUCAGCAAUCCCGAUGAGAAAAAGGAAAGAUUUCCCAAGGAGCUCUCGAGGCGACUUUUUCCCGCCCAUGGUGACACCGACAUAGCAUCCAAGUUGCAGCGGGUCAUGUCGACUCACUGCAAUAUCAACUUGAGUUCCCGGCAUAGCAGUGUUGCAGACUCACAGCCUCAAUCGGGUGCUGCAAGUGUGGCAGGAGAUGACGCCUCCCCCAAGACGACUCUGCGAUCUGUUCCAGAAAGGCAAGAGUCGGUGACCGAUGCUCCUCAGAUGAGUCUGUCCUCCUCACAAGCUAGCCUUGAGCGCGAACGCCAGCCAUAUAGCGGGACGCAAUCUGAAAGUUUCAACGCUGGAGAUGUGGAGAACACGGAAGAUGUCCCUACACCACAGCCAAUAGAGAGAGAGCGAAAGCCGUAUGUUGCUGCUCCCGGAGGUGGGAAGACUUACAGUAACCUCGACAAACCGACCGCUCCGCCAGAAGCCAAGCCAGCUCCACCUCCAGGGCCUAAGCUGGGACGCUCGGGUUCUGUCCAUGCUACCAGCAGACCAGCAGCAGAAGCUGCCAGGUCUGGGGCCCCACCAGUCGCCAUCCACCAACGACCACCACCAGCACCAAUGGAGAUGCCCACCGAAUCUCGCCAUCACCGAGCCAACAGUACUUACCACCGUGAUCCUCCUCGACCCGGCCGUAACAGGUCGCCAUCGAUGAGUAAAGAGAACGGCAUCCCGUCGUAUAUGAGACGAACCGAGCCCGAUGGACCAUACAUGUCUUCUUCAUAUCAGGCCGACCACCACGACGAUGCAAGACGGUACAGAGACUAUGAAGCCGGCCGGGAGCGGCUAGCCAAUGACCGCUACGACCCUGCGCGAAUGGCUGCAUACGAUCCUGUCGAGCGGAUGCGCGACCGAGAUCGGGAUGUUCGCCCACGCAUGCAAUCCGUCGCUAAUGCCGGCCUAGGCUUUGUUGACGGCCCGCUAAGUCCAACCAUGCGCAGUACUGCCGGGCCACCGAUGUACUCCUCUUCAGCCCCCAAUGGCGGAGAGGAAGAAUACUACCUGAACCGCGUGCCUACUGGAGGGAGUAACACUCACUACAAUGGCCACAAUACAUCAGCACCGAUUAGCACGGGCUUCCAAGCCCCGAUGCCACCAGGAUUGGCGCGAGAGUCGUCGAGCACAGGCAGGGACACGUAUGCUUCGUAUCCCUCCAGUGCGGGAUACCCACCUAGCAGCUACAGGGACAUGCGGUAA